AUGCUGGAGAAGACAGCUGCGACCCUCGAACCGUCUGGCCUGCAGCGAGUCCUUCCCAUUGCGACCAAGUCUUUCAGAAGCCGGAGGCAGCUCCAUACUGCCUUUUGGCAGCAUGGCGCUGCUGACGUCGAAAUCAGCAAUGCAUGGCAAGCCCUGAUGCAUGGCGUCUUUGGCCACAGCAUGGAUCCGGCCCUGCCAGACUCGUCCUCGCCUUCCUCCGCCUCUGCUUCCGCCUCUGCAUCCGCCUCCGAGCCCAACUACCCUGCCCUCCGAGCGUCGAGCUUCCUACUAGACUUCUUGUACCCGAAUGGUGCAGUAGCUCUUCUGCGCCGCUUCACUCCCGUCUCCGCCGAUCGAUUAGAAUACCGAAAUCCAUCCAGUUUUGCUCGGGUGUCCCCUCGACUCUACAGCGCAUCUGCGCUGCCCGAGCAGAAGAAGGCCGAGCGCACCGGAGCUGGAGCUUCACCACUCCCAGAUACGACUGUCGCACGCUCGGGCGCAGAUGAUCUCAUGUUACACAGUGGGCUUCACAGUGAACCAAAUGAGUCUCGGAUGCAUGGAGGAGAAACUCUUGACAAUGGCCUUGGAGAGGGACGGAAGCACACCAACGAGCUGCGGUCGCUUCUCGCAGGCAACAAUCCCGAGGACGCUGAUAAAGUUUGGUUGCUCUACAGCAGCUUGGGCGAACAGGACCGGCAGUCCUGUCUCGGUCAAACUCUUGUCUUUCUGUCCAAAACCGGUCGCGUGACCGACUCCUGGAAGAUAUCCGAGUUGUUCCAUCAAAUAGACCAGAGCCGGUGGGAUGGGUACGCCUUCGUGGCGGGCAUCGAGGCCGAGAUGAACCUUCAGAAUGUGCAGCAAGCAUUGGGCAUAUUCGUGAAGGGGUUGGAGGACACAAAGAUCGAGCCCCUGUUCCUAGUGCAGGCUUUCGAUGUCAUGCUUGCCGCAGCGCUGAAAUCGACCACCAUGGAUAUGCUCCAUGACUUGUGGCAACAGUACGAUAACAUGGCAGCGCGCUGGGACUUUACGGGUGUGACGACCCAACUUUCUCGCGUCAGCUCGGUCACAAAUCUUGCCGGCAUAGUUCUCGGCCUUAGGCUGUCCCUUAAAAAGACAGAACUGAAAGGCAUCACGGCACUGAAACGUCUAUUGGUGCGGCGAGCCGUCCUCCAUGCUGCUGAUGAUCAGGUCAUGCCCCUGCUGCGCAUGACUGAUGACCACCUUGCAUACGAAGAGUUCAUCCGCAGUUGCCGCGCGCACUCGUCCGUGGAGAGGCGUCAAGUCCUGAUCACACAAGUGUACAAAGUCUAUCGCAGCCUGCCGAACAGCAAGCCUGGUCACUCCGUUUUGCAUACAGUGUUCACUGCCUAUACUGCCAUGACCACGCCACGUGCCAAGUUCACUGGCCUGGAGAUGCUUUGGGGCGAUUGGCACACCUUUGAUGGGCAGGCCUCCCGUCGAGCGUAUCAGAAGUUUCUUGGGGUAUACGCCGCUGCGGGGAAUGUGAAAAAAGUGUACAAGUUGUGGCCGGAAUAUGUCAAGAUACACGGUGACGCAAAUGUGUUGGAGGGCGAUGACACGUUUGCCCAUCUGUUGCAAGUCCACGCCGUCCGACAGGAGCUGCCCGAGGUGGAGCGGGUUUUCAACGAAAUCGAAAGCAGGUUCCGGCUCAAACCCAACAGAAUUUGUUGGAAUAUACUGCUCAACGCUUAUGUCAAGGCCGGAGACUACGAGGGUGCAAUCGCUACCUUUGAGAGGAUAUCGAACGAUGUUGGUGCGGAUCGUUACACCUUUGCAACGUUGAUGCAAAUGGCGGGCGAGCGAGGCGAUCUCGGCUAUACUGUUGAUUUAUAUCGUCGAGCUCGCAAACGUGGUGUUGGUACUCACGAUCAAGCCAUUCUAGGUGGUCUGGUUGAUGCCUAUUGUGAGAACGAACUUUUCCAUGAAGCGGAGGAUGUGUGCGUGCGCGCCGCCGGUAGGGGUCUCAAAGAGCCGCGGAUGUGGAAUAAGAUACUGCGGCACUACGGGCUGCGUCGCAAUCUUGCCAGCAUCAACAGAAUUCUCGCGCUCAUGACGGACCUGGAUGUACCUUACAACAAGCAUACCUACCAGGAACUGCUGAUGGGCCUUGCGCUUUGUAGGCAAUCUCAGCAUGCGCUGCAUCUGUUGGCUGCUGCUAUCAAGGACAACGCUUUUCAGGUUGAUGAGGGCCACUUCCACACCGUCAUGGGGGCUUUCAUCAAGAACGGCGAAGGCGACUUGGCUGUACGGAUUCAUCGACUCAUGCAGCAGUGCGGGUUCGGGGAGUCAGGAGAGAGUCUCGUGGCACUUGCCACAGCCUUCAGCCAGUGGCACCGACUACCUCACAAACGCAGGAAGGGCCAUUCUCAACAAACUCUGCUCACUCAGGCUUUGCGCCGCUUCUACAAGCUCUACGGCGUUAAAAACGUGAAGCAUGAAAGUCGGUCGACGGAAAAACAUAUUUCGUCCGACAAGCUAUUAAGACCGGAAACACUGUCGUCCAACUUCGGCAGGCUAGUCUACCUCUUCACACAGAUGAAAGACUACGUCAAAAUCGAUGAGCUCACCAACUUGUAUCGUCGUGUGGCCUACGGCAGCACGAAUCCUUCCUAUCCUCUUCCGAUCCAGUUGCUCAAUUCCAUCAUGUGGGCACACCUAUCAGAGAAAAACUACGAUGCGCUCGGGCAAACGUGGGAGGCGAUGUUCUCUAUGGCACAGGCGGGCUCUGUCUCGGCCGAGUGGAGCGAGGACCUCCCUCACACUCGCAAGGUCUCUCCACGCUACCGGUACAUCUUAUCUGAUGGCGUGAAGACGAUGCAGACUAUGUUUAUCGAUCAAGGCGACACGCUCAGUCUUCAACAACUGGUCGAGGCAGUCCGCAAAGAAGGCUUCGAGAUUGACUCCAAGAAUUGGAAUCUACACGUCCAGGGACUAGUGCAGCUACACGCUUAUGCGGAAGCCUUUGAAGCAUGCGAGCAGUGGCUUAUGCCCAACUGGACCGGCUGGAAGUUCGCCCGUGCUCGAGAAAACAUGAAGAACGCGAUUCCCCUCGACCUGAGGCGGAAGGGCUCUUCGCCUCGAUAUCUUCGCCCCGUCACCCAUACGCUGUACUACCUAGCCAGGGGCUACAUGGAGUUGGACAAAAUGAGUCCAUGGAGCGGUGACGCCCGGAAGAUGAUGCAGAAUAUCCAACGGGACUGCCCGCGCUGCUUCAGAGCUAUCGAAUCGAUGACCAGGACCUAUUCGGAUUUGGAGCAUCAAAUUAUAGGGAACGGCCCUCUCGUCGAAGACGUUGACAAGGCCGAGGAGGAGCUGGAAUCUAAGCCAGAGGAGGAAGUGCGCCAAACGGAUGGUCACUUGUAA